AUGAGGACCAAAGAAGAAGUCGCGAAGCUCGCAGAGAUUGACCCAGAGCUUGGGGAGGGCAACUGGAACAACAUCAAAGAGUUCCGCGCAAUGCGCGAGGAGAUGGGAAAACAAAGGCUCGAGGCAUUGGGUCCAGCAGCUCCGCACGUCGAAGAAAGCUUCAAAAGCAUUACUAUGAGAGAUGGCUUCGAGAGCCAGAUCAAGAUUCACAAGCCUACAGGCAAGAGCGGAGGCCCUCUGAUCGUUCUGGUUUUCGGUGGAGGCUUCGUGGUUGGCGACAACCAGCAACUCACUCCAUACGGAAGAGGGUUUGCUAGAGCUUUUGGUGCAGUCGUUGUGACAACUGCCUACAGACUGGCACCUGAACACAAGUUCCCCACCGCACCUCACGAUACCGAAGAUACUUUGUUGUGGAUUGCCAAAAAUGCAGAGUCCUUGGGAGCAGACCCCUCCAAGGGCUUCAUCCUAGGAGGCGUUAGUGCAGGCGGUAACCUGAGUGCAUGCAUUGCGCAGAAGACCCUCGAGGACAAGAGUCUGGCACACCCUCUGACAGGUCUUUGGCUGUGUGUCCCCCUGGUCUUCCCUAACAAGGAUUUGGUGCCAGACAAGUACAAAGAUGUCUUCAUCUCUCAUGAGCAGAACGCCGACGCGCCAAUUCUUGACAAGGAUGCCAUUGAUGCCAUUGGAGGACAUCUCGAACCCGACCAGAAGUCACCACUCUAUUCGCCUUUCAACAGCAAAAAUCCUCACAAAGGCUUGCCCAGAACAUACAUUCAAGUCGACGGAAUGGAUCCUCUGCGUGACGAUGGAUUGAUCUAUGAGCAGGUGCUGAGUGAGCACGGAGUCGAGACAAAGCUCGAUAUCUGGCCGGGACUGCCUCAUGCACAUUNNUUCUCUUUCCUGCCGUUCUUAAGCGGCAGUAAGAAGGCCAUUCUUGACACAUUUGUUGGAUUCGGGUGGCUGCUGAAGACCGACAUCUCGCCUGAAAAAGUACAAGAAGUUAUGGUCGCCCCUGCAGGCGGCUAG